CAUAUUUUCUAUUUCGGUUCGGUUCGGUUUGGUACGGUUCGGUUUUACCAUAUUGGACAUGCCUAAUGAAGAUUUUCCUAAAUACAGAUUUAAGAGUAUCUUUAAAUUCACUUUUAUAAGAAAUUCCUAAAUUGUAUGAAGAUGUUAUACAUAUUUAUCAAUAUAGAAAGAUAUUAUACUUAUUUAAGAAGAUCUUCAUAAACUCAAAUUGAGAAGGAUAUCAUGCACAAUGAAGAAUGUAUCAUACAUAAAAUAUGGUCUUCCUAAACUUUUUUUAAAAAUCGGUACUUAAAAAUUUCAAAAAAAAAAAGUUAAAAUAACUUUUUGAAAAUAAAAAUAUUUUAAUUUUAUUUACUUAUAGAGUAGGACAUAAUUAUCAUUUACGUCUUUAUUGAAACUUUGUUGGUACUGUCCAAGAGUAUUAUUCUUAUGAUAUACUAGUAAAAAUAAUUAGAAGUCACAUCAGUAAUUAGUUGUUUGACCAAGAAAUAAACUUGGCAAAACAUUAAUGAAAAUUAAAGCUAAUCUUUGUAUUCCCUUUUGUGCUGUUUAUAAACCCCAUGGAAACUUUCACUAAUCACGCCACAAAUCUUCUUAGAGAUCAUCGAAAAUGGGAACCCAAACUUUCAUCAACUGUUCUCUCUCAGCUAUCAUCAUCACCUUCCUCGUUUCCUCUUAUUCAGCUCACUCGCAAGACCUAACCUUCAAGCUGAUCCACCGUGACUCUCCCCAUUCUCCACUCUAUAACCCUCUCCACACCGUCUCCGACCGUCUCAAAGCCGGUUUCCUCCGUUCAAUCUCCCGUUCCCGCCGUUUCUCAACCAAAACCGAUGAUCUCCAAUCCGGUUUAAUCUCAAACGGCGGCGAAUACUUCAUGAGCAUCUCAAUCGGUACUCCACCUUCGAAAGUCCUGGCCAUCGCCGACACUGGAAGUGACCUAACUUGGGUCCAGUGCAAACCAUGUGAACAUUGUUACAAACAAAACGGUUCAAUCUUCGACAAGACGCACUCUUCGACCUACAAAACAGAAGGUUGCGAUUCCAAACCCUGCAACGCGUUGGCCAAAAAAGAAAAAGGAUGCGACCGGUCAGGGAAGAUCUGCAAAUACCUUUACGGUUAUGGAGACCAGUCGUAUACUAAAGGAGAGGUUGCAACCGAAACAAUCUCUAUCGAUUCUUCCUCUGGCUCCCCAGUUUCUUUCCCCGGUACGGUCUUCGGUUGCGGCUACAAUAACAGCGGUACGUUCGAUGGAACCGGGUCCGGAAUCGUCGGUCUCGGACGUGGACCAUUAUCUUUGAUCUCUCAGCUAGGUUCUUCCAUAGGGAAGAAGUUUUCGUAUUGCUUGUCAAACACGUCAUACUCAACAAACGGCACAGGUGUAAUUAACCUAGGAACCAACUCGAUGCCUUCCAAUCCAAGCAAGGGCUCUGCUGUGCUCACUACACCUUUAAUCUAUAAAACCCAAAAUACUUACUACUACUUGAAUCUGGAAGCAAUCACCGUCCGAAAGACCAAGAUUCCGUAUACCGGAGGAGGAUACAGUUUGAACGAGAAGGCCACCGGGAACAUAAUAAUCGAUUCCGGAACUACUUUUACGUUUCUAGAAUCUGGAUUUUACGAGAAGUUUGGUGCGGCGGUGGAAGCAUCGGUGACCGGAGCUAAGCGUGCGAGUGAUCCACAGGGGAUGUUGAUACACUGUUUCAAAGCCGGAUACAAAAAGAUUGAUUUGCCGGAGAUAACAAUGCAUUUCACUGGGGCUGACGUGAAGCUGAGUCCGACAAACGCCUUCUUGAAAAAAGAUGAAGAGAUUGUGUGCUUGAGUAUGAUUCCGACAACUGACGUUGCUAUCUACGGUAACUUGGUUCAGGCGGAUUUUCGUGUCGGGUAUGAUCUGGAGGCUAAGACGUUGUCGUUUCAAAGAAUAGAUUGCUUUGGGACCUUGUAAGAGAAACAGUAUCGUUGAGCGGUAGUGCUAUGAUUAAUAUGAUACUCGUAAUUUAGCGAAUCGCUAGUAUGAAUAAAUAAAUAAUAUAGCUACUUUUGUUAUAAACCAGUUCUGGUGGAAGCUCAUAUUUGAAUGCUCAUAUUCUUAUGUCUUUGUAUUUCCUAUUCCAUAUUGUAUUAGAGUUUCAUAUUUAUAUAAUUCCCUAUAUAAAAUGCUCUUUAUUGUCUAAUAAAGAUACAAAUUUUCCCUUUAUUUUCAUAACACGUUAUCAGCACGAUAGCCUCUAGCCCUAAGCUCCACUAAAUAUUCUUCAACUCAGCCGAAAAUCAUCAAACCCUAAACGCAAAGGAAUCUGCCAACAAGGAUUUUCUAGCCGAACUCAACUCCUGUGCAAGAUAAGUUUAUCAUACCUUAGCUGAUUCAUGUUAUCUUGUUGGCGUUCAUGUUAUCUAAUGCUCCUCGUGUUGUUUCAUGAUUCGAGGGAAUUAAAAUCUAAUAUCAACAUGGAGUUCAAGACGAGAGGAGUUGCUGCCCGUGCGAUCAAACUCUCUUUUCCAUUCAGAUCAAAAGGAGUUCAUAGGCGUUCCCGAUCCGUCUCAGCUCAGCCUACAGACGAUCUCAGUCCGAUCCUAGCUCAGACGAACUCAGCCUCAGUUCGCAUCCCGGACAGAUCGCGUUCCCGACAGCAAGCAUCCCGUUCGCGACAACUCCAGCUCACAGACAGCUCGCGACCUCAGCCUCAAUCCGUUCACGAUCCGAUAGCAGUCAGCUCGCGUCCCGUUCGUGUUCCAGUUUGCGGUUCAUCCCUUUGGUGGUCCGUUCAACAAACAUCUAAGGUUGAAGGUAAUUCGAAACCUAAGAACCCAUAAUCGAAUAUGGAUUGUUUGAUAAAGAAUUAAAACCAUAAAACCCUAAUCUUUUAUGAAUCAAAAACCAUAGGGUAAUAUAUCAAAACCCCAAAGAGUAAAUCGAAGCUCAAAAGUUCGAUACCCUCAAACCCUAAAUCGAGAUUGAUCUAUUGAUCAAUUAAAAUCGAAAUCUUUAAUGGUUUUGAAUCUCAAAUUGAAUCCCAUUGAUCUAAGAUCAAACUCGAAAACCUAAAACCCUAAAACACAUUCAAUUUUUGCAUAAACCCUAAUUCAAAAUCUGAUUGAUUGAUUAAAACUAACUAGGUGUUUUUAUGCACCAUGUGCAGUGAUAAAUUUUUUAAAAGUUAAAUUAUAUUUAAAAUGAAAUUUAUUAAUAUCACAUAUUUUAUUAUUUUUGACUAAUAUUUAAUAUAAAGUUGAU